AGAUUUGUUUGGUUUGACACUUAGUUUUGCACCAACAUCAUAAUUAUCGUUUAGCACGAGCCUAAACUGACCGUCUCAGACAAAUUAGAGAAAGCAUGCGAGGAUACAUUGUUUACUAUUCCUAAAGUAAUAAAUUUCUAAAUGAUGACACAAUAUAAGAAACAUUUUCUCUCGUCAUAGUGAGACUACUAAAACCCUUCUUUUCUCUUGUCUGAAACCCUAGCCGCCAAGGGUUUCCUUUGCACUCAAGCUCUUCUCUCAGCUGGAAAGGCCAGCGUUGCCUCCCUUCGGGGGGAUGAUGGGGUGCGACUGGGUGGUGGUGCCUUUGGCGUUGUGCUCUUCUCCGACAUUGUGCUCUUUUUGUUGCCGGCGUAUGGUGGGCUUGGCUUCUCACUGGCGUAGGUGGGGCUUCUGUCCCUGGUCAGUGUGGGUGGGAGGUUAGUGCCUCCAUGGUUUUGGUUGGAGCGAUUGAGGGGGGCUUGCUGCCAAGGUAGGAGUUUCUUGUUCCAUUAGAUCUGUUUGGAGUGUGUUUCUUAAGGGUUGGAGACUCGUUGCUGCUGGUUUUGGGUGGUAGUCCUCUUUUUCUUUGGCUCCCUCGUUUGUGGGCUGCAGGAGCCUCUAGUGGGUGGAGUAUUGAGGUCGAGUUGUUGUCCUAUUUAGUCCUUAUAUUUUUAGUUUCUUUCUUUUGUUUGUCUCAUGUUUUGUUGUUUCGUUUUAUUUGGUGUUUUUGCUUGUAAUAAUGGUGUUGUAUAUAUCUCUGUGACUUUGGCUUGUGCUUAUUUUGUUUGGUUCGACCCUAGUUUUUCUUCUGUAGCUGUGGGUCGCCCGUCUCAUCACUAUAUUGUUAGAUGUUUAAAGGCAUGACUCCUUUAGUCGUGGUUUACACUACCCGCCCGUGACUUGAAACAAUGACUCAGCAAAAGUAACGAAAUGGGCCCCACCCCUCUCUUCCAUUAAUAAUAAAUAAAUAAAUAAAAAGAACAGCCGAAUAUGCUUUGCUCUGCUCUGCAAAUAUCCCUUCCUCUUCUUCACUUUCUCCUAUUAUCAUGAUUCCAGUUUCUAAGAAUAUCUAAUCUUCCUUUCUUCCUAUACUGAAAAGCUCACACCCAAUCCUCUUUCUCUACUCUCUCUCUUUCCAUAUUGUCCUUUCUCUCUCUUGAUUUUCUCGAGAAAAUAGAAAGAAAAAAAGAAAAACUAUGGAGCUUGUUGGGGAACUCUUUCUCACGGCUACCGUUGUGCUGUUCCUUUCUUUCAUCGUCGCCAAACUCGUUACGAUGGCCAUGAAAGGCAAUGCUUCUGCGGGUCGUGGUUCGGACCUCAAAUCGACUACAAUCGCCGAUGAGGAUGGUUUCGAGGCGGAGGAGGUGGGGUGUGGAGAGAGUAAGGUUCAGGGUUUUGGAAGCGAGAAGAGGGUUCGGUUUGUUGAAGAAGCUUUCGAGAAGAAGGUCGAUCGUUUAGAGGAAGUUGGGAACGCGGUGAGGAAAAAUUGUGAAGAGGAAUUAGAAUUGGAGGAACGAUCAGAAACUGUUCAAUUGCCAGGGACGAUCGUAUCGGAAGGUGAGGAAACGACGUUGCUUGAGAAAGUGAGGGAGUUGGAUGUUCAAGGAGUCAAUAUUGGUUGCGCCGGUGAUUCUAGGGAGGAAAGUUUGGAGAACGAGGGAGUUGACGAUGAAAUUGGUGUGGAAUCGGGGGCGAACGACGUCGUUGCUUUCUCUACCGGACCGGACGAGGUUGGGGUUGUGGUUGGUGAAUUGAAGGGAGACGAUGAAGCGGAUGAGGUUGUGUUGCGUAAUAUUGGUGCUGAUGAUGAUGAUUGGGAAGGGAUUGAUAGGAAUGAAUUGGAAAAUGAUUUUACAGCGGCGGUGAAAUUCGUGGAGUCAGGGGCUGAGGACGGUGAUGGUCGUUUAGCGAAAGUUGCGAGCGAUGUACAGAUGGAAUUGUAUGGACUUCGCAGGGUUGCCAUGAAAGGACCCUGCCACGAGUCUCAGCCCCUUGCUCCUAAUCUCACUGCCCAAGCCAAAUGGAAUUCUUGGCAGAGGCUGGGGACAAUGAGUCAAGAGAUGGCAAUGGAACAGUAUAUUACUAUUCUUUCAAAUAAAGUUCCAGGGUGGAUGGAAGACCAUUCUGCUGGAGAGGAUAAAGAAGACUCUUUAAAGGAAGAAAUGCCCGAUACUUUUGCUGCUGGUUCUAGCACAUUGUUGUUCCCUCCGCAAUGUAGUACAAAUGAAAGGGAACCAGAAGUGAAGACUGGUGCUGGGACUGAGAGGGUAGAAUUUACAGCUGCUUCAGACUUGGAGAACAGGGGCACAGGAUGACAGCCUCGCUCUUCUUUUUCUCCAGUGCCACAGGUGAUGUUCUCUUGGACUACUUGAGUAGAAACAGGGAGCUCUCUUGACUAGGGAUGAAAUAAAUUUCUGCGGUUCUUGGACCAAUUAUACUAUAAUUUAAUUGUUUUAUAAUUAGGAUGAAGUGUGUUUAUAGAUAAAAUGAUUGACAUGUGUUAUGCAUAUGUACUUGUACGUAUAUUUUUUUUAUCUCCAUUUGACAUUCAAUACUUUAUGGUUGAAC